GGAGGUCUCUGCCACUGUGUCUGCCUCACCCAGAUUUGAUUCCGUGGAUUCGGCUCGAUGUCCAUGCCGUCUUGGGGGUUACAAUCUCCAUGUUGAAGUUGAUUCAGGACAUGAGAGCAGCGGCGACAACGAUACAGAGAGCCCUGAGAAUAGUUCACACUGCACCUUCUCAUCCGUCUACAUCGUUCAUCACUUUCACACGUUCUCUCAGCUCCACUCGCUCCAUCAUGUCUGCUUCUCCCUACACUGUCGUUUCCACUGACAAGGCUCCAGCUGCCAUUGGGCCUUAUGUUCAGGCUACCAAGUACAAUGGCCUCAUCUACGCAUCCGGAUGUAUCCCUCUCGACCCAAAAAGCAUGGAAGUUGUUUCAGGAGGCAUUGAAGAGCAGACUAAACAAGUCUUUGCCAAUGUCGCCGCCGUCCUCGCUGCGUCUUCUUCUGCGCCCUCUCACGUCCUCAAAUGCGUCGUCUUCCUCAAGUCGAUGAACGAUUUCGUAGCCGUCAACAAGCUCUAUGCGGAAUUCUUCGGUGAAACAAAGCCGGCUCGAAGUUGUGUGGAAGUAGCUCGACUGCCAAAGGAUGUCUUGGUUGAGAUUGAAUUCAUCGCAGCAGAGCAAAAGUGAGGCGUUUGCGUCGCCAUGAAACAUAUGAAUGCAUCGGGUGUGGCAUGUCCC